AUGUAUCAUAUCAGCACCCAGAGGAAGCACUGGACGUUCUCCAGCGACAGCGAGCCGGUGCGGCUGAGGGCUCAGGCAAACGGCAGGUGGCGAGCGAAGAUCCGAGCCACGGGGAAGGUACGGUGACCUAACCCUGGGCUGCACUGCAGCAAGUGGCGGGAUCUAGGGCUCCGGUGAUGGGAUCCGGGGCUGCAGCGAUGGGAUCUGGGGCUGCAGCGAUGGGAUCUGGGGCUCCAGCGAUGGGAUCUGGGGCUCCAGCGAUGGGAUCUGGGGCUGCAGCGAUGGGAUCUGGGGCUGCAGCGAUGGGAUCUGGGGCUGCAGCGAUGGGAUCUGGGGCUGCAGCGAUGGGAUCUGGGGCAGGCUGCAGUGAUGGGAUCUGGGGCUCCAGUGAUGGGAUCUGAGGCUCCAGUGAUGGGAUCUGGGGCUCCAGUGAUGGGAUCUGGGGCCAGUGAUGGGAUCUGGGGCUGCAGUGAUGGGAUCUGGGGCUGCAGUGAUGGGAUCUGGGGCUCCAGUGAUGGGAUCUGGGGCUGCAGUGAUGGGAUCUGGGGCUGCAGUGAUGGGAUCUGGGGCUGCAGUGAUGGGAUCUGGGGCUCCGGUGAUGGGAUCUGGGGCAGGCUGCAGUGAUGGGAUCUGAGGCUCCAGUGAUGGGAUCUGAGGCUCCAGUGAUGGGAUCUGGGGCUCCAGUGAUGGGAUCUGGGGCUGCAGUGAUGGGAUCUGGGGCUGCAGUGAUGGGAUCUGGGGCUCCGGUGAUGGGAUCCGGGGCUGCAGUGAUGGGAUCUGGGACUGCAGCGAUGGGAUCUGGGGCUGCAGCGAUGGGAUCUGGGGCUCCAGUGAUGGGAUCUGGGGCAGGCUGCGGUGAUGGGAUCUGGGGCUCCAGUGAUGGGGUCUGGGGCUGCAGUGAUGGGAUCUGGGGCUGCAGUGAUGGGAUCUGGGGCUGCAGUGAUGGGAUCUGGGGCUGCAGUGAUGGGAUCUGGGGCUGCAGUGAUGGGCUCUGGGGCUCCAGUGAUGGGCUCUGGGGCUCCAGUGAUGGGCUCUGGGGCUCCAGUGAUGGGAUUUAGGGCUCCAGUGACGGGCUCUGGGGCUGGAGUGACGGGCUCUGGGGCUGGAGUGACGGGCUCUGGGGACUGCAGUGACGGGAUCUGGGGACUGCAGUGACGGGCUCUGGUGACUGCAGUGACGGGCUCUGGGGACUGCAGUGAUGGUGGCCAGCUGACUGGGGUUAUGGGGAAUGGAGCUCAUUCCAUGCAUUGCCAUUACCACCAUUCUAGGACACCCACAGCUCUGCUCACUCCAGGCUAUGGGAAAUGAAAGUACUCCAAACAUGUAUUCACAGUGCUGGGUUAUGUUACUGGAUCAGAGCUGGGUUACAUUACUGGAUCAGUACUGAUCCAGUAAUGCUAUAAUGCUUUGUACUGCAGACUCAUGCCUUUACUUGUCUGUCUUCAGCAUUAUUGAUAAUUCAAUAAUGCGCCUUUAACAUUGUGCAGGUAUCAUACUGUCUUUCUUUGAUGUAUGUUAUUAUAUUUAUACUGUCUCCUUUUUGGCUCAAGUGACUUCACACAAAAAAAAACCUGUAUGCAAUUAUUUAAUAAUUUUAGAAGAAUCUGUUCACAAAUGUUUACUUGGUGUGUUCUAAAACAUCUUGUGUAAUGUGUAUAUACAUUUUGAAAUCAUAUUCUAAUUACAACUUUAUUUUAACUCGUGGUUUGUAUUUUAUUUCUAGGCACAAUUAUCUGAGAUAUUCAGUUUGGAACCUCAUGAAGAAUUAAUUAUCUGCAAAUACUAUGAAAAGAGACUGCUUGACUUCUGUAAUGCCUUCAAACCUGCAAUGCCAAAAUCUGUUCUGGUGAGUUGAGUCUUAUUUAAAUUGUGUUUUCAUGGACUGCUUUAAUUUAUACAUAAACAUUAGAGGAGGCAAGGCUCAUAGUUCCUUCUACCGACUGGUAUUAAUAAAUGAAACACAAAGCUUGGAGGAAAGUGGGAGGUCGGUACACAAACCUCUAAUCACCUGUUUUUGUCAGGAGCAAAUCCAGAAAAAGAUAAAGUGUGGAUUGGGAACAAACCCACACAACCAUGGCUUGCACAUAGACCAGCAUAGACUCCACGUGGCAUUCCAAUAAAUAUGUGCUAAGUCCAUAUGCACAAUGCCUGGAGGGAGCAGCUUGCCAUUUUCUUGUAUACAAACUAUCACUGCUCCUUCUUGGUGUUUCAGAGGAAUGUAUGCUGAAAGAACAAUAUAGCCCCAAUUUCUCUCUUGACUAGAAAGAUGCACAACUGUGUGUUUCUGUGCUGCUUUAAUUUCACAUUCUUAAGAAUUUUGUUAAAAUCAUUCACUAGGAUAGAUAUUACCUCUUGCUUGUAGUUUAACUGUAUGUAGUUAGUGCACAUGUAUUAGAGAUUUGAUAAAUGUUUGUUCAAUUUUUUUUCAGGGAACAGCAUGUAUGUACUUCAAACGCUUCUAUCUCAAUAAUUCGGUUAUGGAGCAUCACCCACGCAUAAUAAUGUAAGUUUGUACAAUUCUGCUACUUUUUUCCAUUCAUCUUGUAUUUUGUUAUCGUCCAUAUUAGUGAUCAAAAUAAUUCUAAUGAAAGAGAUGUAUUUACAUCCUAAACACAUUACGGUCUUUUUCUCUCAUGAGUGCAAUAUUUAUUUUGACUUGCACUCAGGUAAAGGUACCCAAAAAUAACUCUUCCAUAAUGUUGUAAUUCUGUUACUACAUAAAUGUUUCUUACCUACUCACCCUUCUCUGUACCUCCAGUAUGCUUUUUAACAUAAGAACAGUUCAGUGCUGGCUGGUGAAGUCUUAAGAUUGUUGGUUGCCAAAAUCACGCCCAGAAUUGAAUGCUACACUUUAGCUCUGUAGUAACCAUCUUCUGACAUGUUGUCUGUCCAUUAACCCUAUGUAUUCAACCCCUAGUACAGUACACAGAGCUGCAUACAAUACACAGAGCUGUGCACAUCAGAGAGAUGUCCCAAGUGCAGCUAUGGACAAACCUUCACUGAAGUUUUGUAUUCUUUGUUUUGUAUUUAAGGCUGACCUGUAUGUUCUUGGCUUGCAAAGUGGAUGAAUUCAAUGUAUCCAGUGCCCAGUUUGUUGCCAACUUAGGGGAGAAUCCAGUGGGACAGGAGAAGAUUCUUGAACAGAUCCUGGAAUAUGAACUCCUCCUGAUACAACAGCUGAAUUUCCACCUCAUAGUACACAACCCUUAUAGACCCUUCGAAGGAUUUUUAAUUGAUCUAAAGGUAAUCUAUUGUGCAAAUUGAUAAAUAAUUAUAUGGAUGACUGUACAGUAUUGCUUGCUCUAGCAUCAUCAGUGUAAAAAUGUGCAACUGAAAGACAACACCCUUUAGAAUGACAUUAAAGGAACACUCCAGUCACCAGAACAACUCUAUUUAAAUAAGGUUGUUCUGGUGCCCAGUGGCUCCUGGACGCACUCUUACCUUAAGGGGUUAAACCAUUCUCGAACAGUUUAACCCCAAAGUUUGCUUCCACCGUUGAUCUGCAGGUCACCCAAGCAGCAUUCGGCUUCAGAAUCCCCGUUACAGGAAGCACGAAGUGUCGCCAGGCAGAGACGAUGUCCUAAGCCAAUUAUAGCUCACCAUUCAUUUAAAAAGAAGAUAUAUAUAUUUUGGGGGGGGUUAUUUUACAUUUUGUUUGCCAUAAGCCAAUCAGUGGAACCCCUGUAGACCGGUGGGUGCAGACCCCAAGCUCCUCCACCUUAACUCCUACUGGACCACCUAGCAAUAUUGUCGUCAUCUCCGAAAAUUUGGAGUUUAGGAAAUAUACCUGCCAAUAUCCAGGACUCUAGGGACAUUAUAUUGUGUGUCAGGACAAAUAUAUUGGGCUACCACUUUAGACGCUUGUACAAGUAGAUUUUGAAAUGUCCACACUCCUGCAGAUGUAGAGCUAGUCUUAACCAUGUAUUGACAGGAAAGCCAAGGCAAAACCGUUGUUACAUGUAGCGAUUUAAACCUUAAGAUUGUAAGCUCUUGGCUAUCUAGCUAAGUACCUGGAAUAAAAGAGCUUCCAUGGCUAGAUCUCCUCUCUCGAACAGGUCUGUCUUUAUUUUAAUUUGUAUUGGUCUUUGUAUAUUGUAGUGUCUUUUUUUUUUACUGUACAGACCUGCAGAAUAUGUUGGCUCUUUAAAAAUAACAAUAAUAACAGUAUACUUAUGCCAUAUAGCAGUCUUUCAAAGGCUAUUUAUGGACCAUAGUAAUUGCAUUUCAUAAAGGGUAUUUCAGAGCUACAUGUGUGCACAUUUCAGUCUUCAAGAGGCAUAAUACACCUAAUUUUAUUUCCUUUCUUCCCCAGACACGUUAUCCUGUGUUGGAGAAUCCAGAGGUGCUGAGAAAAACAGCUGAUGACUUUUUGCACAGAGUUGCACUGACUGAUGCAUGUUUACUGUUCCCACCAUCGUUAAUAGCCCUCACAGCAAUCUUAUCUAGUGCCUCAAGAGCAGGACUUAAUGUUGAAAGGUAUUGCUUUGACAACACUAUAUAUUAUUUCAAGCAAGCUACUCUUUCACUAUAUGCACAAUGUGGGUCACAAUAAGUCAGGAAGGCAAGGAGGUGGGUCAGAGCCAAACACCGCGCUGGCCAAUGAGCACCUCCUUAUAGAGAUGCAUUGAAUCAGUGCAUCUCCAUGGGGAAAGUUCAACGUCUCCAUCCAAGAUUUUCACAUUUUCUCAUUGAUUUGUACACACCUUUUAUAAAUUCAAUCUGGAGUUUACAUCAAAAGUAUGCAAAGUGUACUCACUAAUUUGAGAAUUGUGGAAAAUUUAAUUAAAUUUUUUAAUGCCGAGCUGAAAAAGUGGUUAAAAGGCUUUUCCAGUUGUGUUUUUUUUAAUUUGUAAUCCCUUUGUAAGUUCUCCACAUUUCCCCUAUUUUAGUGUCUGUGUAACUUCUGCACUACCUCCUCUCCAUUCUAAUGUAGAAUGUCAUGUGUUAAGAAUCUGUUUGUCUGCUAUGUUUGCUAUGCUAACAAAAUAAAAUAAAUGCUGAAAUAUAUUUUAAUAUAUUUAUUUUUUUACUUUUAGUUAUUUAA